GACAGGAGAGGAGGAGUAGGAGGAGGAGGAGAGGAAUUGCCUUUUCUCUCUCUCUCGCUCAGUCUGACCCCAGACAAACCUGCACCAAGUUCCAGCACAUCCCGACCCACUGCUCUCUGCUCAGGGCACCCAGGGGGCACAGCCACAAUGAAUAUCAAAGAAGGGGACAUGAUAGACAGGGGCACGUCUGCCAGUGGAGUGGUGGUACAGGUCAGAGAGAAGAAGGGACCCCUGAGAGCUGCCAUCCCUUACAUGCCAUUCCCUGUGGCUGUCAUCUGCCUCUUCCUCAACACCUUUGUGCCUGGGCUGGGAACGUUUGUAUCAGCUUUCACUGUACUGUGUGGGGCCAGGACAGACCUGCCAGACAGACACAUGUGUUGCGUCUUCUGGCUGAACAUCGCCGCUGCUCUUAUCCAAAUCCUCACGGCGAUCGUAAUGGUGGGGUGGAUCAUGAGCAUAUUCUGGGGAAUGGACAUGGUCAUCCUUGCGAUCUCACAAGGGUACAAGGAUCAAGGGAUUCCUCAGCAGCUGUAAAUUGAUGAAAUCCCUCCUCUCCCGGUAUCUUUACUCAGUAUUUACUGUGUGAAUCUUCUCCUUUGGAGCUCGGCACUGAACCAUGAGGAACUGGAACACAUUAGUUUCAGUGAUGGAACCCACCAAAUCUGGGCCCAAAAUUGGAACUUUACGUUGAAAUUUUUUGGUUCAUUAGGAAUUAUAAAUCCAGUAUCCGGGUUUCCCUAGGAUCCAGCCUAACUGGCACCGCUGUUCUGCUUCUAUUGGUACCAAACCUGACUAUUAGCAGCAUCCACGUUCUUUAGCAAGUGGCCAGUGGCAUAAAAAUGGCUUACACCGCUAAGAAUAUGGCUUCCAACCGGAGGAAUCAACUCCCCGAAGGGAUUAGAGACGGAUCCUAUCGCUCUCACUCUUCAUGUUUAAUUGCACUUUUCUUAAUUACAGGAGCUACAAAGGGCACAUAAACCCCUCUCUCCAGUAUAUUCAUGUAUUAAGUGUUUCUUACCUACUGGAUGGACAAUAUGGCGGACACUCCACUCUGACUCAAAUAUAUAGCUAUAUGGAAAUGUAUUAUUUGGUAUCUGGGCUAUAGAGCAGAAAGACAAGUAUCAUUGGCCAUGAGUAUGUAGACAUUUUUUCAAACGCAAUUAAAAAGUGACUUUGUACCGAC